AUGGCCCAUUCGAUGGCCGAGCUCGCUCUCUCUGGCCCCCAAGGCACCGCGUCGCUUCGCCGUGAGCUGGCAUCCGACGAAUCUCGAGUCGAAAGCGUAGUCGGUGCCUGCACCGCACGACCGACGAACAAUGGCAAAAAUUACCAUGCUGCCCUGAAUGCGGGAAACGUGAGAACCGACGACGAGGACGCGCACGAGAACCGACGAGCCGUCAGCGUACCAGGAGGCAUUACCGUUAUUGCCUGCUAUUGCUCGCUCGCUUGCGUCGGGUGGCAUGCCGAGCAAAUCGUCGACGACGAAACCGAUGGAGUCGUCGUCAUAACACGGCGUCGUAUUGCUGCAACCUCCUUGCCGACCUGCCCAUGUGGAGCACCCUAUGGGGCGGCAAAGUCGUCAUCAAAAGUCCUGCAGCUGCGGGACGCGAAACGGAACAAGCAGCAUUAUUACUUGCAAGCACAUGUACUCGUUUCCAGCGCGACGACGGUGCAGCGGCUGUCUGCUUGUGCAAGUGCUCGUACGCUGUUGACCUCGAACGGCAGACCCGCUCCGUUCGCUUCAUCGUCGACCUGCACUGCUCGAGUCUCCUUCUUUUUUUUUUCCCUUUGCCGCAUCGUCCUCCUCGAGCCUGCCCGUUUCCUCGACCGCUCGGCGUGCCUCCCGACGGUGGCCGCAACGCACGAAUCAUCUCCUCGUGACCUGCCGGCAAGCAUCAUGGUCGCCCUCGACGAACCGCCCGUGACCUAUGCGUCCGAUGGGGAAAAGGGCAAGGCUCGUGAAGUUGUCGAGACGGUCGAGGUCGAUUCGACGACGCCCGGCCGCGACGCGACGCACCGGAAGCUCAAGUCGCGCCACAUCCAGCUCAUCGGCAUCGGAGGCACCAUCGGAACGGCCCUCUACGUUCAAAUCGGCAAGGGGCUCCUCAACGGCGGCCCCGCGAGCCUCUUCCUCGCCUUCAGCUUCUGGUGCACCGUCAUCUUCGCCGUGACGCUCUGCAUGGCCGAGAUGGUGACGCACCUGCCCAUCUCGUCGCCCUUCAUCCGCUUCGCCGGCCGCUACGUCGACGAGGCCUUUGGCUUCGCCGCCGGCUGGAACUUCUUCGUCUUCGAGGCCGCCCUCGUGCCCUUUGAGAUUGUCGCCUGCAACGUCAUCCUGCACUUCUGGACCGACGUCGUCCCCACGGCCGCCGUCAUCGUCUCCAUCAUCCUCCUCUACGCCGUCAUCAACCUUCUCGCCGUCCGCUGGUACGGCGAGUCCGAGUUCUGGGCCGCCGUCGGCAAGGUCGUCCUCGCCGUCGGCCUCGUCGUCUUCACCGUCGUCGUCAUGCUCGGCGGCAACCCCGCGGGCGACCGCAUCGGCUUCCGCCACUGGUCCGAGCCGGGCGCCUUCGCCGAGCUCUACUACGCCGGCGCCCUCGGCCGCUGGCUCGGCUUCCUGCAGUGCCUCAUCCAGGCCGCCUUCACCAUCGCCGGACCCGACUACGUCUCCAUGGCCGCCGGCGAGGCCGAGAACCCGCGCGUUGUCAUGCCCCGCGCCUACAACGCCGUCUUCUACCGCCUCACCGCCUUCUUCGUCCUCGGCUCCCUCUGCGUCGGCAUCCUCGUCCCCUUCGACGACGCCGAGCUCACCAAGGCCUUUCGGGACUCGGCCCCGGGCGCCGCCGCCUCCCCUUACGUCGUCGCCAUGAACCGCCUCGGCAUCCGCGUCCUCCCCCACGUCGUCAACGCCAUGGUCCUCACCGCCGCCUUCUCCGCCGGCAACUCGUACGUCUACUGCGCCUCGCGCUCGCUCUACGGCCUCGCCCUCGAGGGCAAGGCGCCCAAGUUCCUCACCACCUGCACCAAGGCGGGCGUGCCCGUCUUCUGCGUCGCCUUCGUCCUCCUCUUCGCCCUGCUCGCCUUCCUGCAGCUCGAGGGCAACGCCGCCAAGGUGCUCGACUGGUUCGUCUCGCUCGUCACGGCCUCCCAGCUCAUCAACUUCGCCGUCGUCUGCGCCACCUACCUGUGCUUCCACCGCGCCCUCGCCGCCCAGGGCAUCAGCAGGGACACGCUGCCGUACAAGGCCAGGUUCAUGCCCUACGCCGCGUGGUACGGCCUCGUGUGCACCUCGGUCAUGGCCUUGGUCGGCGGCUACACCGUUUUCCUGCCCCUGCCGGGCCGCUGGAGCGUGCCGGAUUUCCUCUUCUCCUACACCAUGAUUCCCGUCUUUCCCGCCCUGUACCUCGGCUGGAAGCUGGUCCACAAGACGCGCAUGCACAAGCCCGUCGAAGUCGAUCUGCAAAAAGACAUGGCGUCGAUAGAGGAGUACGAACGUAACUUCAUGCCGCAGCCGCCCUCGAACGUCGGCCGGAAUCCAGCAUGCGAAGCCCGUCGCGAGGGCUUUACAGCACGGCUCCAGAUGCCAUGCGAGUCGCCGACCGCCGCUGGGGUUGACGAGGUGGCCACAGCGGGCGUACACGAAUGCCGUCGGUUGGCACAUCAUGGGGGUGAAUUCGAGCGCCGGCGCUGCGGCGGCAAUGACGAUCGGAAUGCUUUGGAGUUUGAAAAGGUUCACCUGACAGAGGGUCAGUUGGCCCACAUGCGGGAAGAGGAGCUGCUCUCGACCGCCUUGGUUGACGAGGAUCUCGAUGAGGUUCACCUCACCAUUCUCUCGCGAGCUUUUCUACACCCGAAAUCUGCUCCGACGACAGCGAAUAGACAUAUUCAUCAGUCCAGUGACGUUGAGAUGAAAGUUGUGCCGAGCAGCGGAUGGUGA